CAUUAGCUGGGAAAUUAAAAUGAACGCGAAAAAAUACUCUCUAAAAUCGACAAUAAAACAAAUAUUAGCAAAAAAUUUCUAAUAGUGAUAAAGUAUUGAGUGAAUUUUAAAUAGAUAAUUUGUAAAUAUUGUAAAUAACAAAACGUGUUUCAAUAACGGUGUUUUAAUCACAAAAUCACUUGUUUCUUUUGCUAAAAUCUUUCGCCCGUAAACCUGAAUCGCCGUGGUCAUUGUCUUACUGCAAAUCCCAUCUAAAUACCACAAUAAAGAAUAUAGAAAUAAGCUAAACAACAAGCAAAUCCAAAGAGAACGAGUGUAAAAUAUAUAAAAAUUAUAAAUAACAAAGAAAAUAAUAGAAAAAUGUUUAUAACUGCGAAACGUUUGAGACAAAACAAAUUCCUUAUAAUUAUCACAAUUUAUUGUUAUCUAUUGGAAAAAUCAAUAUUGAAGUGCAAUUGUGUUCAUGGUUAUAGAAAUGGCACCGAUAGUUCAGAAACCGUACAACAUUAUGAGUUAAGUCUAUCACUACCCGACAUUUUGCCAAUACCAUCAAAAUCUUAUGAUAAAAAUCGGGCGCCAAAACUACUGGGCCAACCAACGGUGGUGUAUUUUCAUGUGACGGUACUAUCCUUAGAUUCAAUCGAUGAGGAAUCUAUGACCUAUGUAACAGAUAUAUUUCUAGCACAAAGUUGGCGUGAUCCACGUUUACGUUUACCUGAGAAUAUGAGUGAAGAAUAUCGUAUAUUGGAUGUUGAUUGGUUGCACAGCAUAUGGCGGCCAGAUUGUUUCUUCAAGAAUGCCAAAAAAGUUACAUUCCACGAAAUGAGUAUUCCGAAUCAUUAUUUGUGGCUAUAUCAUGAUAAAACGCUGCUGUAUAUGUCCAAAUUGACUUUGGUGCUUUCGUGUGCCAUGAAAUUUGAAUCAUAUCCACAUGAUACUCAAGUUUGUUCCAUGAUGAUCGAAAGCUUGUCCCACACGGUCAACGAUUUGGUAUUCAUUUGGAAUAUGACAGAUCCAUUGGUUGUCAGUAAUGAAAUUGAAUUACCACAAUUAGAUAUAUCGAAUAAUUUUACAACCGAUUGUACCAUAGAAUACUCAACAGGUAACUUCACCUGCCUAGCAAUUGUAUUUAAUUUACGCCGUCGCCUGGGCUAUCAUUUACUCCACACCUAUAUACCAUCAGCAUUGAUUGUGGUCAUGUCCUGGAUAUCAUUUUGGAUUAAACCCGAGGCCAUACCGGCUCGGGUAACACUCGGUGUGACAUCACUACUAACGCUGGCCACACAAAAUACACAGUCACAACAAUUACUGCCACCAGUUUCAUACGUCAAAGCCAUUGACGUCUGGAUGUCAUCGUGUUCGGUAUUUGUAUUUCUAUCACUAAUGGAAUUUGCCAUAGUCAAUAAUUAUAUGGGCCCGGUGGCCACGAAGGCAAUGAAAGGAUAUUCGGAUGAGAAUAUAACCGAUUUUGAUGAUAUUAAGAAUCCACAUCGUGCCUCAAUUAUAGAACCACAAUAUGACACCUUCUGUCAAGGACAUGCCACAGCACUGUUUAUAGAUAAAUUUUCACGUUUCUUUUUUCCAUUUUCAUUUCUUAUAUUGAAUAUUGUUUAUUGGACAACGUUUCUGUAAUGAUUUGUUAUUAAAUUAAUCGCAUUUUAAGUUCUAAAAUAAAUUACUCGGGAUUCAGAAACAGAAAGUUAUUAAAAAAUGUGAAAAGAAAUGUUUCAUAAAUGCUUCUGUGUCUGAACUCCGAGUUUUAAUAACACAAAACUUCAUCCUUACCUUGCCAUACAAAAAUGAAAAAAAAAACAUUUGUUUUAAAAAUGUAAAUAAUAAAGAGAUUCAUGAGCAUAUGACGACAUGAAAGAAAAAACAACAAAACACUGAUUUGCAUUAAACAAUUAUUUUUGUGUUUUUUUAUUAUUAUUUUUUUAUUUUAUGUAUUUACUAUAUCAAGAGAUGUAAUAGUAAAAAAAAAAUCAACAUAAAAAUUAGAAAAAAAGAAAACUAACUGAUUAUGGUAUAUAUUAAUGUAUAUUUCUUUAACCGAUUCUUUGGCA